CUGUCCACAUCGGCAUUGUACUUCAUCUACUCCGCCCCCGGAAUCGUGAAUGAAUAUGUGUUCAUGGUCCAAGCGAGAGGCAUCCAGAUCAGAGAGAAUGUGAAGAACAUCGGGGCCCAGGUUCUGGAGCAAGUGGUGAGAGGGGCUUACAGCAUGAAUGGAACAGAUUAUUCAUAUGACUUCAACUUCAGCGAGAGCGAUACUCCUCCCACCACAUACCUCCCCGAGGGCUUCACAUACUUCCCAUCACAGGUUUGCCCUGAGAAGCUGCCUUCCAUGAAGGGCAAGUUGGAGGUAAACAUGAGCGAAGUGUCUCUGGAGGAGGUGGAAAGAUCCUUUCUGGAGCAACACCCUAGCAUUGCCUCAGGUGGCCGCUGGAAGCCCAACGACUGUUUACCUCGCUGGAAGGUGGCAAUCCUAGUUCCGUUCAGGAACCGACAUGAACACUUACCCAUCCUCCUGAGACACCUGGUGCCCGUGCUGCAGAAGCAGAGACUCCAGUUUGCCUUCUAUGUCAUAGAGCAGGGGGGUACAGAACCAUUUAACCGAGCCAUGUUAUUUAACGUGGGCUACAAAGAGGCUAUGAAAGACCUGGACUGGGAUUGUCUCGUCUUCCAUGAUGUGGACCACCUGAUGGAGAAUGACAGGAACUACUACGGCUGUACAGACAUGCCACGACAUUUUGCGGUCAAACUCGACAAGUACUCCUACAUGCUUCCGUAUAAUGAGUUCUUUGGUGGUGUCAGUGGCCUGACAGUGAAGCAGUUCAAAAAGAUUAAUGGAUUUCCGAAUGCAUUCUGGGGCUGGGGAGGAGAGGACGAUGACCUCUGGAACAGGGUGCGGUUUGCCAAUUAUACAGUAAGUAGACCACACGGAGACCAGGGGCGCUACAUGUCAAUUCCACAUCACCAUCGCGGGGAAGUCCAGUUUUUGGGAAGGUAUAGUCUGCUUCGUCAUUCAAAGGAGAGGCAGAAAGUGGACGGUCUUAACAACCUGAACUACUCCCCCCUAAUCUCCAGAAGGCCUCUCUAUACCAACAUCACCGUCAGCUUGAGCAGAAAGCUUGCACCUGUAGUUGACUACUGAGGAGGGCAGAGCUGGACUGCAAAAGACCUGGAAAUCAAAGUCCCCCGGGACAUCAGCCAUAUCUCACCAGUUGCAGCACUGCUUAGGACUCUUAAGUUGACUUUUUUUUUUGGCGUUUUUUUUUCCUUUUGUUUGUUUGUUUCUUUGCGCGUUUGUUUGUAUGCAAAAAAAAAAAAAAAAGAAACAAAGAAAUGGAGACACAAUUGGUGUGCUUGAUAAAUCGUAAAAGAAAAUAGGGAAUAAUGCUGCACUUAUUUGUGCCACAGCUCAUCACUCUUCUCAUCUGGGCUUAUCUACACGUCAGUCUCCACAUGCCUUUUUGCACCAUUUUGGCCUUCAGCACCCAUUCAUUGAGUCGUCUUCAUUUCCCGUCCGAGCAUAGCACCGCCCUGAGUGUUAUCAAAAUAGGCCAUAACACACAUUCAAGUGCACACUCACGCCACAAAUGCACGGCCUACUCGAACUUGCAUGGUCCAGAGGCUUUGGUUUUGUUUUUUUUCCUUACCUUUCUAUUGCAUUUCUUUUUUUUUUUUUUUUUCUCUCAAAUGCAGUAAACCUGUGAAGACAUUUGCAUGCACACACACACACACACACCAACUUCAACUGAGUGGACUCAUGCAGCUGGUUCUGCAUUAGGUAUGCCAAAUCUACAAGUGGAGAUAGUAAGACAAGAUUAUAUAUUGUAUGUGAAAUAGUUUAUUCUAAGUUCAGAGAAUAUGAAUUAAUCAUCUCUUUAUCUGUGUUUUGUCCUUUGAACAUACCAUUCAAAGACUGUGAUGUUUGUGUUUGCGUAGUUGCAUUGAAUGUUCUGGCUGCCUGCAAGUGGCUGUAUGUUGGAGUGCAAUGCUCAUCCUGUUAGCAAUAAGCUGUGAUAUCAGACAGCAGAAAUUAGUCCUGACUUCCUUACUGUACAGAUGCAAUAGCAUGGGUGCUAGCAUACCCUUAUUGAACUAUAAAGAAGGAGUGAGUGCAUAUGCAAACUUCACAUUCAGCUCAACUUUGCGUAAGCAAACAUGCCACCUGAGACAGAACCCAUGCGCGUCUACGUGCGUGUCUGUGUGCGAGUGAAGGUGAGCUAUGCAAAUGGCCUGCAUGCACUUUGUCAUCAGUGCAGGGUUAUCUGGGUGACUCGCAGGAGACGUAGUCUCUGACGGACCUCACUCGGUGUGCAGCGCGCGAAUCCAGGCCAGGGAGAGGAAAGUAGUUGCAGGUGUAUUUUUAGAUCCCGCGUCCUUAAUGUUUACUCACCUUCAUUUUUGCAGACGAGAUCUGGAGGUAGAGAAUACUUGAUUGCUGUCACUGUCACUGGUGUUUACAGAAGCUUUUGCUUUAUUUUUCAGAUUGUCUGGUGUUUGUAAAACUGUUAACCAGCCCUUUUCCACACAGGGUGCUGUGAAAAUUCAGUCUCUUCAACCAAGCUUUGGCUGCCUUUGUCCUCUCUCUCUUUUUUUUUUCUUUCUUUUUUUAAACUGACGCUUCUUUGCUGGCAUAAACAAAAGCAGGUCUGAAUGCUUAAAUACGUCAGGUGAUAACCACUGAUUAGCUUUGUGAACAUGUCGCCAAACUUUGGCCGGUCAGUUUCUUUGUGUAAAUGAAACUUUGAUGUGUUGAUUUGUGUAGAUUUUCUGUUGUUGUUAUUGUUGUUGUUCUUUUUUUUUUUUCAAAUCUAAGUGGCAUGCAGCCUAACACUGCAUUGAUAAAGACCAACAGGCCUCUGGUCAUACACAGCAGCUCCUCUCUUACUUGUGUUUGACAGUGUUGAAUUUUGAGUCCGAUAUCCCGAUACUGUAUAUGUAGAUCCUUUUUGAAAAAUCAUACAGACAUACUCUCCUCACUGUCUGUCCUCUAGUCAUGCAGCUACUUCAUUUCACACAAAUCGCCUUGUAUGCAUUUCUUAAGAUGUAUCUCUCGGGAGACAUGGGUAGUUGACAAACUGUUGUGUUCCCACAAAGAAAUAAGAAGAAACGAGGCUGGACCUCUCUAUUUAUUUGACAGAUUGAUUUCCUUAAUUUUCCAGUUUUUAUUUUUCUUGAAGUUGAUGUGAUGAUUUAGAAAGUGACAUAUGGCAGACUGCGUUAGAUGCACUGAAACAUUGUUGUGUGUAUUUGUGUGGGGUAGUGUGGUUCGGGUCUGUGUGAACGGGGCGGUUCCAGUUCAUUGGAUGCAGUGACACAAAUAGCUGGCUGUAAUGAAUUGGAAUGGCACCUGUACUGUACCCUGGUGUUAUUAAUCUUCUGAGCAGACACGUUGGAGGGGGGCCAUUUUGUGUGACAACCACAGGAAGAGAAAGACACAGAGUUUUAAAAAAAGAAAAAGAACAAAAUUGCUAGUGGCCACUUUCCUUCACUGGUCACCUCCAUUAUGCUAACUGAUAAUCAGUGGUGCUGACCUUCCAAAGCUCCCUCUGAGGGACCCACUCCACAUGCUUACUGGAGCCGAUUUUUAACGUAACAGAGGCCGAUGCCCGCAGGCGAAACAUCUUUCUGACUUUUACGGCUGUUUAACUAGUGUUUUUGUUGUUUAUCCAUCAAACUGAGUUCAUGUUUAAUGUUACAACAUCCAUAGAUUUGUAAACCUGCUGCCUUUUCACCCAGCCAGGUAAAACUAGUCCAUCUGUAUGUGGAUCUGUAGCUCCAGGUCACUGCCUCAAGCAGAAGCAUGUGUUUACCUCCUAGCUGGUCAAUUGGGAGGUGCCCAGUGGAAGAAACCCACGUUAGCAGAAUUUGUGUUAAGUUUUCUUUUCCAUGUGUGUUUGAGUGAAAUGGCUUAGCCACUCAUAGCUCUAACCAUCCUCCAUAACAAUGUUCUAGUUUUUUGUAUUUUGUUUACCAGCACUGAUGAAACACAGGUUCUUCUUCUGGUUUUUGACACUCACAGAUACACACUGUAUAUUGACUUAGAAAAAGAAAAAAAUGCCAUUGCUUUAAAUUAAAAGCUAGAUGGACACAUAGCAAAAGCCAUUUGCUUUUAGUAUGAAUGUUCAGGUGAAGAUUUGGACUGUGAGCGACCCCUUGAUAAAAGAGUUCCUCUGGAUGAUCGAAAUACUUUUAGAGUUGGCGCUAGGCUCAAUAUUUCUCAGUAAACAAUCAGUAGCCUCAUCAGUCCACCCCACAUUUAAAAGAUACUCUUCUUUUUUUGUAACUAAUAGAAAGCUUUGGCCUCUAGAUAACUAACAUGGGUGAAUCUGUCAGUGCAUUUCUGAUUUUUUCUUCUGUUAAAGAAACAAACCAUUUGAUUGAUAAACUGGCAGGUCUUGCUCCUAUUUUGCAUACAUGUUUAUGUAUGUAUGUAUACAUACAUGCAUAUAAAAUUUAAAAUAUGACGCAUGGUCUCAUCAGACCUUUACCGCUGCUCACUAAAGAGGCUUCAUUGUAUCAAAAUUCUGCCUGUCCCGAUCCGUUCUGUGCCAGUUUAAAUGAAGGGACCAUUUUUUUGGGCAUCUGACAAAACUGGCAGCCUUAAAGCUCCUUAUUUAUUGCAGUGUUUUACUUUUUUCACUCAAGUUUUUAUUUUUUUUAUAAGCAAAAAUAUUUAAAUUGAAAAAAAGUGCAUAUCAAGAAAAUGAUCAUUGUAAAUAUUGAUGUUGUGAGUAGUGCUUUAGAAGUUCUAUAAGGUCUGAAAUCACUACAGAUGCUAGCAUAAAGAACAAGGCUUUGGGAUGGGGUUGUUUCUGGGUUUAUCUGGUGCCAUUUAAGUGCUCGCGGAGCUUACACAAUGACAUCAAUGUUUUUACAUCAUUGCUUCCAAGCACAAACCUGGUUUGGUUUUUGUUUUUUUUGUUUCUUUUGUCUUUUCUCUUACAAAAAAAAAACAUUGUUAUCAAAGUGAAUUUUAGAAUCAUCUCAUGAUCUCAAAGGUUUUGUGCAUUUUCAGAUCCCUCCCCGCCCCUGUAUUUAAAAUGCUGUGGCAGUAGGAGGAACGAAUGAUAGCUGAUGAAGUUUAGUGUCCUUCUUUCUGCAUGCAAUGUCUUUUCAAGCGUAACAGUAAUUGGGGUGUGGUGGAGGUCAAGAGAAACUAACGCAAGAUAGCAGUUUCUCAGCCAAAAAAAAGAGAAAGACAAAAUACUCCAAGUCAACACAGGCGCCUAAACCAGCGACACUAUUCACUCCAAAAAUCUACCAGAUAAUUUUUUUUGUAUGAAAGUUAAAUAUAGAAAAAGAUACAGAAACCUAAAUCUGAAAUAUUUCUUUGUGAUUGAAAGGAGGUAAUUGCUCCUUGAAUUGAAGCCAUUCAAAGCCACUUGUCAAAACUUGAUGUCAGCCUUAUGUGGAUCUGUUAGUGUAUUGGCAUAUUAUCUUUUGAUUCUUGAAAUUUGUAUGAUGGAGAUUUUCUUUUAUACCAUCAUUGUUAUUGUCAGAGUACACCAAUAAAAA